AUGGUGUCUUCUCUUGGCAAUGUCGCAGCGACUCUCCCGGCAGCAAAUGCUAACGGAGGCGCUACUCGUCCGUAUCCCUCUGAAUUUCCGUCUGCCGAUGACCCCUCGGCAUCAGCACUUCGCAAGGCGCACGAGACCGCGAAGCGUCGAGAAGGCCACGAGACAGAUGACCCAGAAGGCCAGAGAGGUACAGAGCUACUUCCAUAUCAUCACGAGGCUCAUGAAGAAGCGACACAGUACCUUCGAACGCUCUAUUUGGAGAUAGAAAAAGAUCCAACGGCUGCUCUUUACAACUACAACAAAUUUAACGCACCGUCCCCGGCAGCAAGAGAGGCCAUGGACAAGAUUGAUAAGAUAAACGGUCGCUUGAUGACGAUAAAUUGUAGCAGCAACCGGCAAAUAGAGGUGGGCCAGAUUAUGCGGGACCGCUUUGUUCGAACGUGGAGGUUGUUUAUUUACGCACCAGAAGAGCGGAAAGGUAGACACAGGUCUACACUGGCAGACAUGUGCAAAGAACUCCAUUAUCCCAGCGAGUGGGCGAAUGUUCCCCCUGGCGACUUUGAAGAGCCUCAUUGA